AUGAAAUUCCUUUCAGAAUUUUCUCUGCUGAAUAUCGGAAAUCUUAUAUGUUGUCUUGGGCUAUCAUUAAUAGCUCCCUUUUAUCCAACAUAUGCAGAAAAAUUUGAUGUAUCAGGAUCCUUGUUGGGUCUCAUUUUUGGAAUUAAUCCGAUAGGAGGAAUUUUGUCUUCCCUGAUUGUUGGGAAAAUUCUAAAUAAAGUAAGAUUUUUUAAUAUUUUGUCCUUAGGAAUGCUAAUUCAAUCUAUUGGAAUGUUUUGUUAUCCACUUUUGACAUUUACGACUAACAGAACAAUAUUUAUUACCAUUUCCUUAUUGGGAAGGUUUAUAAGUGGAUUUGGAGCAUAAACAUUUGUAACCCCACUUUAUGCAAUUAUAACAUAAAAAUAUGCAGAUUCAAUCAACUAAAAAAUGGCAACAACAGAAUUUUUUUCCUCAUUUGGUUAUUUAUGUGGUCCAGUAAUAGGAUCAAUCUUAUAUACAAUAGGAGGAUUUUCAUUUCCAUUUCUACUUUUUGCUUGCUUUUCUGUUAUCAUAGCGAUAAUAAUAAAAUUACAAUUCGAAAAAUAGGAAGAAAAAGCAAUUAAUAAAAUUCCCGAACCUGUCAUCUCUGACAUAUACGACAUCGAAUGUCCAUCAACAACAUCAUUUUAUAAUGAAACUGAUAUAUCAAUUGGUUACUAUGACCUUAUCAAAUAUUUCCCAGUAUCAUCAUCAUUAUUUGUAAUUUUGGCAUUAUGUAUAACUUUUACAUUUUAUUAUCCAACUUAUGCAAUAUAUUUUGAAGAGAAUUUCAACAUUCCCCCACAACAUGUAGGCUUUUACAUGGCUGCAGUUUCAUUAGCCUAUAGUGUUGGAGCUUUGACUGUAUCAAGAAUUAAUGUCAAUAAAUCAAAAGCCAUUUUUAUAGGAAUGGUUGUUGUAUCAAUAUCAUAAUUUUUUAUGGGUCCUGAUCCACUAAUGAAUAUCAGUCCCAAGAUUUUCAUAACUGUUAGUGCUUAAGCAACAUUUGGAUUUUUUUCUGCGCCACCUUUCAUUAUGGCUCUCCCUAAAAUUACAGAGGAAUUAUAAGCAAAAUUUAAAAAGUCUGAUCAUGAAAAAUGUAACUCCUUAGCAUCUGGUUUAUUUAAUGCGGUGAUUUCAACUGGAGAUUUUUUAGGUCCAGUAUUUUCAGGAGUUUUGGCUGAGUUCUUUUCUUUUCAAAGAUCAUGCAGUUAUUUAGGUUUGUAUUUAGUUGCCACAACUUUACUAUUUCUUCCAAAUCUAUUUACAUCCAAGAAAGUUUAGUAAGUUUAAAUAAAAUCUUAUAAAGAAUAUUUAUGA